AAGGAAAAGUGGAAAAGUAUGCAGCAACAGCAGCAGCAGCGAGAGGAGAGAGCAGGAAUGUGUGUGUGUAAGGUAGACUCCCAAAACUGUGAAAGUUAGACGUUUUAAAAAUCAACUUUUAGAUGUGUUUUUCCUCUCUGGACUGCGGGGAACACUUAUUUAUUCACGUACUAUUACUGUACACGCUCAUAUUUACGUUUACAUUAAGUUAACCUACUUGGGUUCUAGUGUUUUGAUUGAUUGGUUCGGUUCCUCCAUGGCUUUGAUAGCGACUGACCGCGGGUGCAAACUGAACGGGACGUCGGCGAUUUACGGCAGAACUGGGACGAGAAAAGAAGCCUUUCAGGGCAAAACAGAGAGUUUUAGAAGUGCCAAAAUGCAGCCAAAGGGGACGGAGUACUCAACACAUGGCCUUCCCAAAGCUUUCCUCCACAGUCUGAGGACACUCUUUGACAUUUUGGAUGAUGCUGGACGAGGCUAUGUGCACAUUUCGGAGAUUGAGAGCCGCUGGCAGGGCGCAGACACCCGGGACCUGCCCGGCGGGGUGCUGGGCUGCCUCAGGAGGGUCACUCCGCCGCAUGGCUGCCUCACCUUUGAGCGGUUUGUUGCGGGCCUGCGGUACUCCAUGCUCAACCCGGAGAACAACUCCCACUUCAAAGCAGAGGCUGCUGAGAACCCGCAACAGAAACACGCACCACUGUCCGCAUGUGGUGGAGGGACCCGGGUUGAGAUCAAGGUCCGUCCCUUGGGUCCGAGUAAUGUUUCCAACACCCAGCAGCAGCAGAACCGGGCGUCUUCGCUCCAGAGCCGGGUCAGGCCGGAGGAGGGGCCCGGAGGUCCCGCAUGUGGACCUGCGAGGUACAACAACGCAGGCUUUGAGAGGUCCGGACGGAGUUUGGAGCGGAUUCCCAUACUACCGGAGGGAGGAUGUUUCAGGACCGACCAGAACCAUGCUACUAAACCGACACAGCCUCAGCAGGGACGGGUCAGGUCCUCUGAGUCGCUUGCUCUGGAGUCACCGCCGAACCAAGCACCAGGUGUUGUAAAAUCAGGUUUACCAAGAUCUCAGAGUGAAUCUGCAACUGGGUUUACUGGCGGAUCCAGGAGACACGGGCGGAGUCGGGACGAGCAGAGGCGGCAUACCAUAUCCAACGGAGUGGAUUAUGGAAUGCUGAAGCAAAUGAAAGAGCUGGAGCAGGAGAAGGACACGCUGCUGGCAGGCCUGGAGGUGGUGGAGCGGGCCAGAGACUGGUACCAAGGCCAAAUCCACAAUGUCGCAGAGAAACAGCGGCAGGUCGGCCAGAGCUCCCACUGCACAGAGUUCUUCACAGAAACCAACCAGAGUCGUAUGAAUGUUCUCAUUCCCAAACUGCAAGAAGUCAACCACAGCAUUAAUGAACUUAUUUCCUGCACUGGGGUGCAGUCAUUUCCUCCCAGUGGUGCUCCGACAGCAACGCUCUCAGGGGGCUCCCAGCCUCCAGCUCCUCCACAAGCCAUGCAGAGGCUGAAGGACCAGAACCGACUUCUCACUCAGGAGGUGACGGAGAAGAGCGAACGCAUCGCCCAGCUGGAACAGGAGAAAUCAGCUUUGAUAAAACAGCUUUUCGAGGCUCGAGCCCGCAGUGCACAGGACACCAGCACCAUGGACUCUACCUUCAUCUGAAUCAAUUACACUCCACCCAAACAGCCUAAUAUGGCGGUCGUAAUGUCCUAACGGUGACAUAUCCACACUGGUGUGGAGCCAACGCUUCUUUACCCAACUGACCUCUCAUGGCAGUGACGCACCUUCAGCCAUGAAACGCCAUAACCCGUGACUGCAACAUGUCACCACUGCUAAACCCUGAACAAAACAAUGCACUACCUAGACGUGAACACUCCCGAAAAGACUUGACCCUAGAGUGGAAAGGCUUUUUACUUGCUGCCUUCCCACUCCCUGCACACACACCAUGCUGAAAAGACUGCAACACUAUCAAAACAAAAAACUGAAAUCCCCUCACUCCCUUGUUUUUGCAGCAUCUGCAAAAUCACCCACACUCGUGCCCCACAGACAUUGAUUUUCUUCUGCUGCUUCACCACACAGGUAGCAUCAAAUACUUAACUUUAACUUUUUGAGGUCCACAAAGGAACAGGGUGAUAGAGAAAUGUUUUUUGAUGAAAUUAGAAUUAUUCCUACAAUUUAAAAUGUAAUCAUGAGCUGCAUCAACAUGCCGUGACCUGAUCAGUUAUAGUUUUGUUUAAAAUGAUUUAAGUUCGGUACAUGACUGCAGUCACUAUGAGGUACUUUCUAACUCCAUUCAUUCAGUAUUCUCUUCCUUUUAAUGAAUGUUAUUAAUGUUUUCCUGGUAUUCACUUUUUGGGGUUUGGGGUAUUUAAAUUCAAGCGCAGAAAGGAAUAGCUGAGAACGAUCUCUCUGUGUAUUUCUUUAACAGUAUGUUAAAAUCUUACAGGAGAAGAUGGCAGGAAGAUGAGAGAAGUUUGCACGUAGGAGAGAGCUGAGGAGGACAAAGUCGACCGCGAAUGUGUCGGAAAUGUGUGGGAGAGGUUCUGAUAUGUCAGAAAAGCAAAUAAUAACAAAAAAAUAACAUCUAGUUGUACAUCUAGUGUCUUUACAGAGGAUUCUUUGCAUGGAUUUUUUUUUUCCUAUAAAAUAUUUUUAUUUUGAAGUGAUUUGUGUUUGAAACCAGGAGGUUAAAUGUUAGCACAGAUGUAAAAACCCCAGUUUGUCCCUCUAAGUGUGACUUUUUACCAGGUUAAGCCUGGAAACCUUUUACUUUAGACUAAAGUAGAAAAAAAAUAAUUUCAUCAUCCACAAGUUUACAUGAGAAAUAUUUACUCCAGUGGGUGGUGGUAGAGAGAAAAAAAAAGCAUUGUAGCUUUAUAAUGAAUCUGUAUGUUUCCGCUGGGAUGUCCGCACAUAACAUAGUUAUAUACUGUUGAUGUAUGUUUCCCCACUUAUGAUUGUACGUUUCUUGCUGCUCAAACUACAUUCUGUGAGAGUGAAACUCUUCCUAGAGUAAAAAAAAUAAAUAAAUACAGCCAA